GAGAAGCUGGGGCAGGGCGGGGGCGGGGGCGGGGCCGGGGCCGGCAGCGAGGAGGAGGAGGGUGAGGGUGAGGGCGGGGACGACCUGCUGGCCGCAGUGGAGGAGGCGCGGCGCGCGGCGGCAGCCGCCAAGGCUGCGGCGAGAGGGCAGCGCGGAGCGGGCCGCGGCGCCGCCGGGGCCAUGGGUGGCGGCGGGGUUGGCGGCGGCGGCGGAGGGCGUGAUGGCGUCAGCGAUGACGAGGAUGACGAUGACGAGGCGCUGGUUGACCUUGCUCUGGAGGAGAUGCUGGAGGCCGCGGGGCCAGGCAGCGGCAGCGACAACUUUGGGGUGCACGACGACUACGUGGGGUGA